CAGGAAGUAGAGUCUGCCUGAGUUCGGGUGGAAGGCGGCCACUGGAGGAGAGCAGGGUGCAGCGCCUGCAGGCUUUGGAGAGAGAGCCGCAAUGUUCCGGAUCGAGGGUCUCGCGCCGAAGCUGGAUCCCGAGGAGAUGAAACGGAAGAUGCGCGAGGAUGUGAUCUCCUCCAUUCGGAACUUCCUCAUCUACGUGGCCCUGCUGCGAGUCACGCCAUAUAUCUUAAAGAAGUUGGACAGCAUAUGAAGAUUGGGAUCACAUGGAUGCAUGGCAUGAAGAACCUGGUGACAGUUUCUCCUCCUGUCUGCAGAUGAAUUGGCCCAGAAAGGUGUAAGACUGAUUAAAUGGACAUAAAAACUCUACUUGUUAAGAACAAGUUGGGCCUUGGGAACUGACCUUCAUAGCUGAAAUAUAAAACUGUUUGGGAAGUGCAGAAAGAUGUCUUGUGGUCUGGUGUGCCCUUGGGCCUGUGAGAGCCACCUCUGUGAGUGUUGAUGGAAAUGUCAAACUCUAAGGGGCUUAUUUCUGAAAUGGUACUGUCUUGGCAGUCAUUUCUGUUUACAACUUCUGUAUUUUCGAAGAGUCUGUUUGAUGGAAGUCAGCAUACACCCACAAUGACAUUUAAGCACAGAACCACCAGUCUAUAUUUUUAAUAAACAUUCUGAUGAAAAAAGC